AUGUCUUUCUCCUUCUCCUUCUCCGGUGAUGACAUAGACGAGGAUGUUUCUGCGCAGCAGAACACUCCCUCAGCGCCAGCACCUGCUGCCUCAACCUCUAGCGCAUUUCCCGUGCAAGGAAAACCUCAGCUCCCUCCAGUGCACCAUGACCUGGGGCAAAUGUUGUCAAAGCUGCCGUCCAAGAUAGCAUACAGUCUUUUGGACGUGGACUUGGACGGCAAGGGUUCGAUCCGGAUUCCACGGAGAGAGCUUUGGGAUGUCAGGGUCCAGCUGAUGGCAGAGGAGGAUGCUGAAGGCGAUGAGCUGGAGCCAGGCCUAGGAGCCCACGACGUCAAGACCGGCAUCUACGAGGGGGGAUUCAAGAGCUGGGAGAGCAGUGUUGACCUCGUCAAAGUCCUCGCAGCCAAAGACGUCCCCAGCUCCCUGGCCUCGGCACCUUUCCAUGUCAUCGAGCUGGGAUGCGGCACUGCGUUGCCGUCUCUGGCACUCUUCCAGUGGGCCUUGUUCAGUAGGGCUCAGACGUCUAAGGGUUCACAGGAGGAUCAAAUCUCCCUGAUCCUCACACUUGCCGACUACAAUCCCAGCGUCCUACAGCUUGUCACGAUGCCCAAUUUACUCCUCGCGUGGGCUUUACAUCAGCGAUACCACGACCAGCUCAUCCAGGACGCCUUGUCAUCCGUUGAGGGAGAGCUGGAAAUCACGGAACAGGUGAUCGACUCUUUCAAGAGCUUUCUCACCACGUCCAGUAUCAAUGUGUCGUUCGUAUCAGGGGGCUGGUCGCCCGAACUCGUCGAGUUGAUCUACAGCAGCUCUGCAUCACUGCCGAGCGGCUCGGGCGGUGGCGGCGCCACACAAACUCUCAUUAUGGGCGCGGAGACCAUCUAUUCUCCGUUUGCUCUGAGCUCUUUCACUGAUACAUUGCUCACAAUUUUACGCAGAGAGCGUGGAGCCGAGCCAAGUCGCCAAGCUAUGGCCGUGAUUGCUGCAAAGAGACUCUACUUCGGGGUUGGCGGUUCUCUCGACGAUUUUGUGGACAAGAUGCGCAGCCUUGAGGCUGUCGUCAAUAUGAAGUGCAAGGUGACGAAUGGCUCCGUCAAGUGUCCACAACAGCUGCUCCAAGAACCGGCAAGGCUUGGUAUCGCUAACACCAAGUCCUCCCCUCGCCGGGACACAAUCAGGUGGGAGGGCGGUCAUUGA